AUGGCGGCGCUGUGUCGGACCCGUGCCGUAACUGCCGAGAGCCAGCUCCUGCGAGUGUUUCUCUUCUCUCGGCCCUGUCGAGGCGCAGGCACUGAGAGUAGCUCCGGGAGUGAGAGUUCCGAUUCCACAGAGCCUAAAAUGCGCCAAGGCGGCUUCGCGAGCGCUUUGGAGCAGCAUUCGAAGCUGUCCCGGAAGGCGGAGCUCGGGCAGAAGACAGGCUCUCCAAAAAAUGUGGACUCUUUUGCAUCUAUGCUGAGACAUUCUCCUCUUACACAGAUGGGACCUGCCAAGGAUAAACUCGUCAUUGGACGAAUCUUCCAUAUUGUAGAGAAUGAUCUUUAUAUAGAUUUUGGUGGCAAGUUUCAUUGUGUAUGUAGAAGACCAGAAGUGGAUGGAGAGAAAUACCAGAAGGGAACCAGAGUCCGACUGCGGCUAUUAGAUCUUGAACUUACAUCUAGAUUCCUGGGAGCGACUGCAGAUACAACUAUACUAGAAGCGGGUGCAAUUCUCUUAGGAGUCCAGGAGAGUAAAGACGCAAAAUCAAAAGAGGAACCUCGUGAAUAAGAAACAAACUUUGCUUAGUGCAUUCACUCCUUUUUUGUUAAACCCAGAUACUCAUCAAGAAUGCAAUUAGAAAAUUGUGAAUAAAUGAUUGAAAGAAGACAUAAUAAAUGAAAGCUAUAAUUAUAAAAAAAAA